CGAGACGGGCGCGCGCGCUCCAGAGAAGCGAACCGUUUUUGUGGAGGUUGUGGCGGCGGCGGCACUUCCUGCCUGGCAUCUGGGAGCGCCGCCGAGCCCACAGCACCGUCGACAUGGAGCCCGAGCCCGUCACGCUCCUGGUGAAGAGCCCCAACCAGCGCCACCGCGACUUGGAACUGAGCGUCGACCGCAGCUGGAGCGUGAGCCGCCUCAAGGCCCAUCUGAGCCGCGUCUACCCCGAGCGCCCGCAUCCAGAAGACCAGAGGUUAAUAUAUUCUGGGAAGCUGUUGUUGGAUCACCAGUGUCUCAGGGACUUGCUUCCAAAGCAGGAAACCCGGCAUGUUUUGCAUCUGGUGUGCAGUGUGAAGAGUCCUUCCAAAAUGCCAGAAGCCAGCGCAAAGGUUGCUGAAUCCAUAGAGCAGCCCGCUGGUCUUAAUCAGGGACAGUCUCCUGGGGAUUCCUCAAGUGACGGUUUAAGGCAAAGGGAGGUUGUUCGGAACCCUUCUCCCUCUGGAUGGGAGAAUAUCUCGAGGCCUGAAGCUGCCCAGCCGGCGUUCCAAGGCCUGGGGCCUGGUUUCUCAGGCUACACAACCUAUGGGUGGCUGCAGCUCUCCUGGUUCCAGCAGAUAUACGCACGGCAGUACUACAUGCAGUACUUAGCAGCCACUGCUGCGUCAGGGGCUUUUGUCCCCUCGCCAAGUGCACAAGAGAUACCUGUGGUCUCUGCGCCUGCUCCAGCCCCUAUCCACAACCAGUUUCCAGCUGAAAACCAGCCCGCCAAUCAGAACGCUGCUCCUCAAGUGGUGGUUAAUCCUGGGGCCAAUCAGAAUUUGCGGAUGAAUGCACAGGGUGGCCCUAUUGUGGAAGAAGAUGAUGAGAUAAAUCGAGAUUGGUUGGAUUGGACCUAUUCAGCAGCUACGUUUUCCGUUUUUCUUAGUAUCCUCUACUUCUACUCUUCCCUGAGCAGAUUCCUCAUGGUCAUGGGGGCCACCGUCGUUAUGUACCUGCAUCAUGUCGGGUGGUUUCCAUUUCGACAGAGGCCAGUUCAGAACUUCCCGAAUGAUGGUCCUCCUCAGGAAGCUGCAAAUCAGGACCCCAACAACAACUUCCAGGAAGACCCUGAUCCUGAAAUUGCAGACCCCAACCGCCUCCCUCCAGACAGAGACGUAGUGGAUGAGGAGCAGACCAGUCCUUCAUUUAUGAGCACAGCCUGGCUCGUCUUCAAGACUUUCUUUGCCUCUCUUCUUCCAGAAGGUCCCCCAGCCAUAGCAAACUGAUGGUGUUUGCUCUCUGGCUGCUAGAGGCUUUGGCAGGCGUGGACUGGAUCAUCUGGUUCUGGCUAGAUUUCCUUACCUGGAUGUGGCGACAGCACAGAAUUAGUAAAAGAAUCAACAAAGAGGAUGAUAUGCUUUUGCGAUUCUGCAAAGGCAGAAAGUAAGACGUGAAGCCAUGAUACAAAUUGAUGAACAAAAAAUGCCUAAGGCUUCUCAUAUCUUUAUUCUGAAGAGCUUUAAUAUAUAUUGUUGUAGUUUAAUAGAUAUUGUAAGUAGAAGGCAUUAGUGUCGCAUGUUUAUGCCUGAGGAACUUUUCCAGAUGUGUGUGUCUGCAUGUGUGUUUGUACAUAGAUGUCAUAGAUGCAGAAACGGUUCUGCUGGUACGAUUUGAUUCCUGUUGGAAUGUUUAAAUUACACUAAGUGUACUACUUUAUAUAAUCAAUGAAAUUGCUAGACAUGUUUUAGCAGGACUUUUCUAGGAAAGACUUAUGUAUAAUUGCUUUUUAAAAUGCGUGCUUUACUUUAAACCAAGAGGAGCUUUGCAGAGGUGAAAACCUUUGCUGGGUUUUCUGUUCAAUAAAGUUUUACUAUGAAUGACCCUG